AUGCCUGCCAAGCCCUCCCAGAGACGCACUGCCGCCCUGCUGCUCUCCUCCCUGGCCGUGUUGACGGCCUACACGGCCUGCACCCACGCUCUGCCCGACGAGGACCUGCCGCGCCACCGCAGGAAUGACCGCGCGCCGCACAGCCCCGCCGUGGGCGACGCCGCCGAGGUGCGCGUCGAGGGCCGCGGGGACCACUUCGAGCUCAUCUCCACGUCGAGCCAGAACAAGGCGCCGCCGGAGGACAAGGUGGCCUCCAGCGACCUCCCCGCCGCCGACAAGCAGUACGACUACCCGCUGGUGAGGCCAGUGUACGCGCCGUUCGUGACGCGGCCCUCCAGCUACGCCGUGCCCUACGUGGAGAUCCUGGACCACCACCGGGACCCGCCCUUCAGCAAGCCGUCGCACUUCGUGACCGGCUCGCCGAUGGUGUCCACCGUGGUGGUGCAGGACAUGAGCCAGACGCCGCUGCGACCGCACGAGGAGGUGACGUCCCUCGUCGACAACUUCCAGCACCUCGGGCCCACCAAGAUCCCCUUCACGGACGUGCAGGUGGUCACGAGGCCGAUCGGCGGCGCUGACAAGAAGCCCAACUUUACCGAUAAGCUGGAGGAAACUUCCUUGGAGCACGGCGGUGGCGGUGACUCCGACGAGGACUUGGAAGAGGACGACGACGACGACGACAACGAGGAGCUGCUCGAGAACCCGCCCAACUUGGACCUGGGCGGGAUCGUGGAGGACGUGGUGAGGAAAGUGUUCCAAGAAAACCCAGUGCUGCACGACGCGGCCGAGCUGGCGCCCCGGCCGGAGGUCGGGGUGAAGACGUGGCCGUGCCCGCCAGUCACGUGCUGCACCAGGCCCGCCACCAAGGCCAAGGACGCCAAGGACGCCAAGCAGGCCAAGCGAAGGUGCUCCACCUUCGUCAACUGUGUCGCAGGCCGCUCGCCGGGCUGCCCCCUCCGCGCCGAGCGCGUGCCGCAGGCGCUCGCGCUCACCACACCGUCAAAUGGCUACAGCAACACCACGGGCCCCAAGGCAGACGUGCGCGUCGGCGAGCCGCAGCCCCGCUUCAAGAAGAAGAAGAUCCUCAAGAAGAAGAAGAAGCUGCUCAAGAAGUUCCUGCUGCCACUGCUGCUGGCGUACAAGCUGCUGUUCCUCAUGGUGGUGCCUAUGAUGGUCAACGGCAUGAUGAUGAUGAUGUCCUCCUCCGGGAUGGCCGGAUUUUUCUUCGCGCUCAUAGGCGCCUCCAUUACCAUGGGUGGAUACAGUCGCUCUUCGCAGCACAGCCAUCCGGUGACCGAAACAAAAACCCGGACGGAAGUGGUCACAGUAGCAGGGUCUGAUUGGUCAGGGCAGGAGUCGCGCUUGGAGUCUACUUCUGUCGUCCCCGCGGAGGACUGAGCUAGCAUUUCUGAGCAGCAAUAAGUUAUUCUUCCAACUUCGAUAUAAGAGUUAGACGCAUUGGCUACACUUCAUUUCCAAGCCCGGUGGGAGGAGGCGCCGUUCAAAUGAAGUGCAGCCAUUGGCCACUUAUCGUAAUGGUCUGGUUGUGGGUGGUGAAUGGGUUCUAAAAGGGCUAUCUAACGUGUAUCAAUUUCCAUACCGAUGUUUGGAGGCAAAGUAUCAGCUCUCCUAAUUAAGCUUUGCAAUGCUGUUGU